AUGUCCAAGUCGAUCAGUUUUGUUCUGUCGGCGAGUCGGUCGGUCGGUCGGUCGGUCGGUCGGUCGGUCGAUGCGACAAAGCUCGGGUGGGGCGCUCCCCCCCCCGCGCCCCAGGUCAAAGUCCAAGGGCCAAGGGCCGAGGGCCGAGGGCGAGCUUCUCGCAACCUGCAUCAUUCGUCACGGCCCGUCUUGACCAUGGCUGAGAUGGACCCCUUCGACUCGGCGCUGUGCGUAUCCAUCCCCUCUCCCGCGGCCUGCUGGCACGACGCCGUUGACCGUUUCACUGACGACCGCCCCUCCAGCGACCUCCUGCGGCGCCUCGACCCCAAACACACGGCCUCGCACCUCGGCGCCAUCAUCUCCCUGGCGCCCGAGCUGACGGAGGACCUGCUCUCGUCGGUGGACCAGCCGCUCGCGGUGCGGCGCUGCAGGCAGUCCGGCCGCGAGUACCUCCUGUGCGACUACAACCGCGACGGCGACAGCCACCGCUCCCCGUGGUCGAACCAGUUCGACCCGCCGCUCGACGAGGCCGGCGCGGGGGGCGUCGGGGCCGACGGCAACGACGGCGCCGGCGAGGGCGCCAUCCCCAGCGAGCGCGUGAGGAAGAUGGAGGUCAAGGCCAACGAGGCCUUUGACGUCUACCGAGACCUGUACUACGAGGGCGGCGUGAGCAGUGUGUACCUCUGGAAUCUGGACGACGGGUUUGCCGGCGUCGUCUUGUUGAAGAAGUCCGCCACUCCGGGCGGCACGACCCAAGGGGUAUGGGACUCGAUCCACGUCUUCGAGGCGAUUGAGCGGGGGCGCACGACGCACUACAAGGUCACGUCUACGGUGAUUCUGUCCCUGGCGACGGCCGACAGCACCCUCGGCGACAUGGACCUCAGCGGCAACAUGACGCGCCAGGUGGAGCACGACCUGCCCGUCGACGGCGACGACAGUCACAUUGCCAACGUGGGCCGGCUCGUCGAGGACAUGGAGCUCAAGAUGCGCAACCUGCUGCAGGAGGUGUACUUUGGCAAGGCAAAGGAUGUGGUCGGCGACCUGCGGAGCGUGGGGAGCCUGAGCGACGGGGCUCGAGAUCGCGAGGCGCAGAGGGAGCUCAUUGGGAGCAUGCGGCGGUGA